AUGAACCCUACGAAAUCAUUCUUGGGGAUGUCGAGCGGCAAGUUCCUCGGCUUUGUUGUCACGACAAAGGGGAUUCACAUCGAUCCCGACAAAGUCCAAGCUAUCCAAGAGCUCCGAGCUCCCAAGAAUCUUAAGGAAUUGAGAGGACUGCAAGGACGUCUAGCUUACAUCCGAAGGUUCAUCGCAAACCUUUCGGGUAAAUGUGAACCCUUCUCCAAGCUGAUGAAGAAAUGUGUUUCCUUCAUAUGGGAUGAGCCUUGCCAACGAGCAUUCGAUGAGAUCAAGAACUAUCUCUCGAAUCCGCCUGUUUUAGCGGCCCCCAUUUCAGGGAAACCCUUCCUAAUCUACAUUCGGGCGAUGGAGCAUUCUCUCGGCGCCCUCCUAGCAUAG